CCGGCCGCGCGAAGGGCCAAGAUGGCGGCGGUCGGCGGGGUGCGCGGGCGGGCGGGGAGCGCGGCGGCGGCGGCGGGGGGGGCUGUGAGCGCGGCGACAGCGGCCGCCGCCCCCGCCAUGGCCCGCCUGGCCGACUACUUCGUCCUGGUGGGCUACGACCCCGGCAAGCGCGGGAGUGGGGAUGGACAGGGACAGAUACUCCAGCGUUUCCCGGAGAAGGACUGGGAGGACAACCCCUUUCCCCAAGGCAUCGAGCUGUUCUGCCAGCCCAGCGGCUGGCAGCUCUUCACGGAGAGGAACCCCCCCACCUUCUUUGUGGCUGUGCUGACCGACAUCAACUCGGAGCGGCAUUACUGCGCCUGCUUCACCUUCUGGGAGGCCGUCGAGAGCGCACAGCCUCAGAGCCACCCCAGGAAUGGUGAAGGGGAGGAGGAGGAAGAGGAGCCAUCGUCUCCUGUUCAACCCGCGCAGCUAUUUGCUCCCAAAAGCUUGGUGCUGGUAUCACGGCUGGACCACGCGGAGGUGUUCAGGAACAGCCUGGGUUUGAUCUAUACCAUCUACGUGGACGGACUGAGUGUGUCCUUGGAGAAUGUUAUUGGGAACCUCCUGACGUGUACCAUCCCCAUCACCGGGGGAGCUCAGCUUGACGCGGACGACGAAGCAGCGAGGACGAUCUCUCUGGGAGCAGGGGACAGGCAGGUGAUCCAGACACCCAUCAAUGACUCGCUUCCCGUCAGCAGCUGCAGUGUGGCCCUGCUCUUCCGCCAGCUUGGCAUCACCAACGUGCUGUAUCUCUUCUGUGCAGCGCUUACUGAACACAAGAUCCUGUUUCUCUCCAGCAGUUACCAGAGGCUGACCGAUGCCUGCCGGGCUCUCCUUGCGCUUAUGUUCCCCCUCAAGUACAGUUUCACGUACGUGCCCAUCUUGCCUGCGCAGCUCCUUGAGGUACUGAGCACGCCAACACCCUUCAUUAUCGGAGUCCACUCCAUCUUCCAGUCGGAGACGCAGGAGCUGCUGGAUGUUGUUAUCGCAGACCUCGAUGGCGGGACGGUGAAUGUCCCUGAGUGUGUACAUAUCUCCCUGCUCCCCGAACCUUUACUCCAGCAGACCCGGGAAGCCCUCUCCAUGGUCUUGGACCCAGAGCUGGAGGUGGCAGAUCUCGCAUUCCCCCCUUCAACGAUUUCUGCUUCUUCUCUCAAAAUGCAGGAUAAGGAGAUCCGUGCUGUCUUCCUCCGCUUGUUCGCGCAGCUGCUUCAGGGCUAUCGUUGGUGUCUGCACAUUAUCCGCAUCCAUCCUGAGCCGGUCAUCCGAUUCCAUAAGGCAGCCUUCCUUGGGCAGAGGGGGCUGACGGAGGAUGACUUCCUCACCAAGGUGCUGGAGGGUAUGGCAUUUGCUGGCUUCGUGACUGAGCGGGGGGCCCCGUACCGCUCGAUCGACCUGUUUGAUGAGCUUGUGGCUUAUGAAGUGAAGCGCAUGCGUGCAGAAGAGGGGAACAAGCAGAAAAUACUGCGGCACAUCAAGGAGCUGGCGGAGAAACUUUACAAAAACGAGAACCCCUACCCCGCGGUGACCAUGCACAAGGUGCAGAAGCCCACGGAAGGCUGUCACCUGCGCCUCCACCAGAAGCCUUUUCCCCGUUUGGAUGAGGGGACAGUGCAGUGGAUCAUCGACCAGGCCACUGCCAAGCUGCAGACGGCUCCUCCUGCUGUGAAGGCGGAGAAGAAAUGCAUGGUGCCAUCAGGACCCCCCAUCGCUGCCAUCAUGGAGCGCAACGGCAAUGCCCUGGCCAACAGUGCCCGUCGCCUGGAGGUCGUCAGAAACUGCAUCUCCUACGUCUUUGAGAACAAGAUGUUAGAAGCCAAAAAGUUAUUCCCUGCUGUACUGCGUGCCAUGAAGGGCCGAGCAGCCAGGCACUGCCUGACCCAGGAGCUGAACCUGCAUGUGCAGCAGAACCGGGCAGUGUUGGAUCACCAGCAGUUUGAUUUCAUAAUCCGCAUGAUGAACUGCUGUUUGCAGGACUGCACUGCCAUGGAUGAGCAUGGGAUUGCAGCCGCUCUCUUGCCACUGGUCACUGCUUUCUGCCGAAAACUGAGCCCGGGCAUCACGCAGUUUGCCUACAGCUGUGUGCAGGAGCAUGUGGUGUGGACCAACAUCCAGUUCUGGGAGGCCAUGUUCUACUGCGAUGUGCAGAACCACAUCCGAGCCUUGUACCUGGACAACAACGAGGAGAACCACACGGAUGAGGAGAGCACAGAGGGGCCACAGGAAGCCAAGUCUGCCCUGGAGAUAGCAUCAGAGCAGCUGAGGCUCUGGCCCACCAUGAGCCGAGAGAAACAGCAGGAGCUGAUCCAAAAGGAGGAGAGCACUGUUUUCAGCCAGGCCAUCCACUACGCCAACCGCAUGAGCUACCUGCUGCUGCCUCUCGACACCAGCAAGAACCGCCUGCUACGCAGCUCUGGGCUGGGGGACGUGGAGAGCGUCAGCAACAGCUUUGUCACCAACAGCAUCGCUGGCAGUGUGGCUGAGAGCUAUGACACAGAAAGUGGAUUUGAGGAUGCAGAGAGUUCCGAUGUGGCCAACUACGUGGUGCGAUUCAUCAACCGCUUUGUGGACAAAGUCUGCACGGAGAGUGGAGUCACCAACGAGCACCUCAAGGGGCUGCAUGUCAUGAUCCCUGAUAUUGUGCAGAUGCACAUAGAGACACUGGAUGCCGUGCACAGGGAGAGCAAGAGGCUUCCUCCCAUCCAGAAGCCAAAGCUGCUGCGCCCCAACCUGUUGGUGGGUGAGGAGUGUGUGAUGGAAGGGCUCCGCGUGUACCUCAUGCCUGAUGGACGGGAAGAAGCUGCUGGAGGGAAUAUUGGUGGUCCACCUCUCCUCCCCGCAGAAGGAGCCAUCUUCCUCACCACUUACCGCAUCAUCUUCAAAGGCACUCCCACGGACCCUCUGGUGGGGGAGCAGGUGGUGAUCCGAUCCUUCCCCAUCGCCUCACUGACCAAAGAGAAGAAGAUCAAUAUCCAGGCCCAGGUGGAUCAGUUCAUCCAGGAGGGCUUGCAGCUGCGCUCGUGCACAUUCCAGUUGCUGAAGAUUGCCUUCGAUGAGGAGGUGGCUUCAGACAGCGCUGAGGUCUUCAGGAAGCACCUGCACAAGCUGCGCUACCCCCAGCACGUGCGUGGCACCUUCGCCUUCACCGUGGGCCAGUCACCCAAGCAAGCCAUGCAGCCCAAGGCCAAGGAGAAGAACCCCUCGCUCAGGACACUCUCCAAAAACCUGGUGAAAAAUGCCAAGAAAACAAUCGGCCGCCAGUACGUGACGCGAAAGAAAUACACGCCGCCCACGUGGGAGCAGCGGAGCAGCCAGCACUUCCCAGAGGACAACGAGGAUGAGAUCUCAGUGUCUGAAGAGAUGGACAGAAGCACUUUGACCCCCACCACCACCAUCAAACCUUCGGACAAGAUGACCAUCAACCACCUGGUGGAGCGAGCCUGCUGCCGCGACUACCAGCGGAUGGGGCUGGGCACCCUCAGCAGCAGUCUCACCCGCUCCAAGAACGAGCCCUUCCGCAUCUCCACCGUGAACCGCAUGUACGCCAUUUGCCGGAGCUACCCCGGGCUGCUCAUCGUGCCACAGAGCAUCCAGGACAACACAAUCCAGCGGAUCUCCCGCUGCUACCGCCAGAACCGCUUCCCCGUGGUGUGCUGGCGAAACUCCCGCACCAAGGCCGUGCUGCUGCGCUCGGGGGGGCUGCACGGCAAGGGCGUCGUGGGCCUCUUCAAGUCCCAGAACGCACCCACCGCAGGCCCGUCGCAGACGGACUCCACCAGUUUGGAGCAGGAGAAGUACCUGCAGGCCGUGAUCAACUCCAUGCCGCACUACGCCGACGCCAGCGGGCGCAACACGCUCAGUGGCUUCACCUCCGCGCACAUGAGCAGCUCAGAUUUCUCCGACAAGAGACAGCCUAAGCUGGGAUCGCUCAUGAAGCAGGUGAUGGGAGGGAAGGACGAUGGGCCCGGUACUAUUAGCCGCGGAGGGCUCGGUCACAGAGCUAGGGUCAUCACUCUCUCCACCCCCAAGUGUGUGUCGGCGAAGGGCCGCGAGACGCCCCGAGGCAAGUGGGGCAGCAUCCGAGCCAGCGGGCGCAUGAGCAGCUAUGCCCUGAACAUGGAGAUCGGGUCGCGCCUGGCUGGGAAGGACCUGCUGGGUGCCCAGCACAACGGUACGCCCUCGGAGGCCAGCUUCCUGCGCCAGCACCGGGCCUCGCUCUACAUCAUCGGGGACAAGUCACAGCUGAAGGGGGUGAAACCGGACCCGCUGCAGCACUGGGAGGUGGUUCCCAUCGAGGUGUUUGACGUGCGGCAGGUGAAGGCCAGCUUCAAGAAGCUGAUGAAGGCCUGCGUGCCCGGCUGCCCCUCCACUGACCCCAGCGUCGCCUACUUGCGGUCCCUGGAGGAGUCCGAGUGGCUGUCCCAGAUCCAUAAGAUCCUGCAGAUUUCGGUGUUGGUGGUGGAGCUCCUGGACACGGGCUCCUCUGUGCUGGUCAGCCUGGAGGACGGCUGGGAUAUCACCACGCAGGUGGUCUCCUUGGUGCAGCUGCUGUCGGACCCCUACUACCGGACGCUGGAGGGCUUCCGCCUGCUCGUGGAGAAGGAGUGGCUGUCCUUCGGGCACCGCUUCAGCCACCGCGGAGCCCAGACCCUCGCCGGCCAGAGCAGUGGUUUUGCCCCCAUCUUCCUGCAGUUCCUGGACUGCGUACAUCAGAUCCACCUGCAGUUCCCCAUGGAGUUUGAGUUCAGCCAGUACUACCUGAAGUUCCUCAGCUACCACUACAUUUCCAACCGUUUCCGGACGUUCCUGCUGGACUCUGACUACGAGCGCAUCGAGCUGGGACUCCUUUACGAGGAGAAGGGUGAGCGGAAGAGCCAGCAGGUCUACAAGUCCAUCUGGGAUUACAUCGACCGGCUCAACAAGAAAGCCCCCAUCUUCUUCAACUACAUGUAUGCACCUGAGGAUGGGGAGGUGCUAAGGCCCUACAGCAACAUUUCCAACCUGAAGGUAUGGGACUACUAUACGGAGGAGACGCUUUCUGAGGGCCCCUCCUAUGACUGGGAGCUGACGCAGGGGCAGCCAGAGCACGUGGAGGAGGCAGAUCGGCAGGACACCAGUGCCCCCCAGACGAAGCGCAAGAUCAUCUGGCCGUGCUACGACAACCGCAGCCGCGUGGAGCCCGACGCCAUCUCCAAACUGCUGGAGGAGCUGCACAACCUGGAGAUGGAGCUGGGGCAGGUCCCGGAGCGCUGGAAGGACACGUGGGACAAGGUCAAAGCUUCCCAGCGCACCGAGGCGCGGCAGGAGGGCAGCCGGACCCCCAGCUCCCUGCUGAUGUCCUCCAGCCUCUCCCACCACCGGCGCUCGCUGGGUGUGUACCUGCAGGAGAGCGGCGUAGGCUCUACCCUCAACCUCAGCCUCGACAGUGACACCAGCAGCACCUCCACACCCUCCAGCGGGAAGCAGGGUGGCCGCAAGAGCACCAGCACGCUCUACAGCCAGUUCCAGAUGUCGGAGAGCGAGAACAGGUCCUAUGAGGGGUCGCUGUACAAGAAGGGAGCCUUCAUGAAACCGUGGAAGCCUCGCUGGUUCGUGCUGGAUAAAACCAAACAUCAGCUGCGGUACUACGACAGCCGGAUGGACACGGAGUGCAAAGGAGUCAUUGACCUGGCUGAGGUGGAGUCCAUCACCCCAGGAACCCCCACCAUGGGGGCCCCCAAGACGGUGGACGAGAAAGCCUUCUUCGAUCUGAAGACGACGAAACGAGUUUACAAUUUUUGCGCCCAGGAUGUGCAGCUAGCCCAGCAGUGGAUCGACCGCAUCCAGAGCUGCUUGUCGGACGCGUGAGACUGGCUCAGAGGAGCCUCUAUUCCAGGCACAGAGUCUCCCGGGCCCCAGCACGUGGAGCAGAGGCAGUGCCCAGGCUCGUGUCCGAGCCAGGGCUGUGACUGACUGGAGAGGAGGAGAUGGCCUUCCCUCCCAUCUGCCACGGGUGGGCUGUGCUGGGGAGCCCGCGGCCACGCACCCCCCAGGCGGCAGUGGGGGCAGGAUCGGUAUGUUACACUAUGGUAGGACUGUGUAGUGGAGGAAUUCCUCGCGUUGAAGCAGGCUGGGGGUGCAGGCGGGAGCCUGUCCCGCUCUCUCCUCCCAGGCCUGUCUGAGCCCUGUAAUUACUGUGUGUCCUCUGUGCACCUCCCGCGCCGGGCGGCCCUGCUCCAGCUCUCUGCGGCAGCAGGGGUGUCAUCAACCGGCUGGGGAGGGUGCACCUCACCUCCAGCCCACCCAGUGCUGCUGGAGAAAGCGGGAGCUGCCUGCCUGCCUCGUCCUCCCCACGGCUUGCAUGUCUGCCAGAGCAUCCACGGGGGGAGAACCAGCCCUGCUCCCUCCUCGUAGCGCAGUAGCUGGCCUAAGCGUGUCCUGGGCUUUGCUGCCGUCUUGCUGGAACUGGGGAUCUGCAGCUCAGGGUGCCGGUGUUCGCGGAGGUGACUCGCCUGAACGCUGGGACCAUCCUGACCCGGCCGGCGUCCCCCUGGCAGCAGCCAGAGCAUCCCAGCCCUGAACCUCACCUGGCCCAGACUUCCACAGGAACAAAUGGGCAUGGCUGCUGUCUGCCCGGGAGUGGUGGUGGUUGUAGCUGCAGGCGCUGGACUCUGUGUCUCAGCAGGGGACGUGGAUGUGGCCACUCCGCUCCCAGCAGGCAGGUGCCUGUUUAGGCUGUGACCAAGGGCCUCCCUGUCCUAGUUGGGGCACAGCCUCUACCUCCACCGUCAGGCUUGCUGUCACAGGGGCGGGGGGGGGCACGUUCCCCAUGGGAGGUGCCAAAUGCUGCACCCUCCUGAGCGCCCUGGUCCGGUUCCCUCUGUCCCCUUGCAUGGGGGAGGACCAGCCCAGCCCCUGGGACGAGGGCUCCUGCUCGGCUGCAGCCAGGGCCUCUGGCUGAGGGUCACCACCGGCUGUGACGCCAGGGCUGGGACACGGCUGGGCACAGCGGUGCUGGCAGGUGCCACCCGGUCUCUUUGCACAGGCCACCCCCCACCCCACGCAGCCCUCCCGCGGAAAGGAGGGGGCAGCACCUCAGAGGGCACCGCACAGCGCUGCCCUCUUCUCCCCCUCCCUGAGCCCCCCCCCGGUCCCCAGGGCUUGUGCUCUGCCCCACGCUGUCAGGCCGAGCCUGCUGGCAGAGGGGUCUCAGCAGGAGCCCUGGACCGCAGGCGGGCAGGUUUGCCCUGCAGCAGCGCAGCGCUGCUGGGGGUUGCGCGUCCCACUGCCUGCUGCCACCUUCCCUGCUUGUUGCUGUCACUGUGUCAGUGCAAAGGGGGAAUCUCGGUACAGAAACGGAUCCUGCAGCACCUCAUCCAUCCCCUGCACUGGUGUGAAUGCGGAGGGGGUUUGGUCCCACUCCGCCUGAGGGUCGCUUGCCAGGAACCUAGAGGCGUUGUGAGGUUGUCCAGGACCUGCUGCCACUGUGCCGGCUGGGGCCUGACCCUCCCGCCUCCCCGCAAGCUCGGCCAGCUCUUCUACCUGUCUUGUUUUUAAAGGAGUACAAUGUUUUAUUUCAGUGCAGAACUCUUUGUACAGUCUUAACCCCCAGGUUCCCCUCUUUGUUUUAUUGUACAUUAAUGGCUGUGGCAGGUAGCUGGUGUAACAUGGAGGUUUUUGUAACUUACCUGAGCAGUUGUAGAUUAUUGAAGUUUCUGUACAUUGUGUCAAACAUACAGAGUCCUUGUAUUGUAUUGUGCCUAGAGGAAAAAGGUUAUUAUAUAAAGAGAAAACUAACUGAAUUUAAUAAAAAAAUUAAUAUGA